GGCCUUAGAAGUGCUGCUGCUGCUCCAUCAGGGCUGAUAUGUGAGAUGGGUGUGUUCCAUGUGGCUCCGAAACCACUCUAAUAAAGAAAUACAUUUCCUCCCCAAUCUUCAAGCUGUUGGGUGUUCCUUGCUUUUGGGAGGUGCUUUAAAUCUGACUGCCAGAGCCGUGGGCUGCUAAGAUCAGAAGCUGGCUGCACGAUGCUGAGCUCAGGUCUUUCUCCCAUUUUCCUGUUGCUCACAGCGCUGGAGCUAAGCUGGUCCCUAAGUGAUGAAGAAAAGAAGAUAAUUGUGGAUGGGCAUAAUAAAUACCGCUCCCAGGUCUCUCCUCCUGCUAUGGAUAUGCUGAAGAUGAGCUGGGACAUGGAGCUGGAGGCCUUCGCUCAAGCCUAUGCAGAAAAGUGCAUCUGGGACCACAACAAGGAGAGGGGUCGACGAGGAGAAAACCUCUUUGCUAUGACCCCAACCCUGGACCUGGAAUUUGCUGUGGAAGACUGGAAUGGGGAGGAGAAGUACUACAACUUGACAACUAGCACAUGUGCCCCUGGGCAGAUGUGUGGCCACUACACCCAGGUGGUCUGGGCAAGCACACAUCGUAUUGGCUGUGGGGUGAAGUUUUGUGCAAAGAUCAAUGGUAUUGAAGCAGAAGACAUGUACCUGCUUGUUUGCAACUAUUAUCCCCCGGGUAAUAUGAAAGGCCGAAAGCCGUACAAGGAAGGAGCCUCAUGUUCCCAGUGCCCGGAGGGUACCUUGUGUGUCAACUCCUUGUGUGCAGGUGCCCUGGACACUGAAGAACUGGAGACAAACUCAGACCAGACAAGCAUGGAGCAGCCCACAGCUGGAGCCCCCAGCACCUCCUUUGGGCUUUCUCUCUUCCUCCUGCCCAGUGUCAUCUUGGUGGGCCUUCUGCUUUGAAUAGUCUUUCUCAACUGUCCCUGCACCAGUUGCCAAGGCUUUCUUCAACAUUGGUUGUCCCACCACCCUGGUAGGCUUGGGAGGCACCAUGGACAAUUCAGGUUAUCACACUCUCUGCUGGGCCUUCUUACACUGGCUAACCCGCUCUAGCCCCAUUGUGCCAAGGGUGGCUGGCAGUCCCGUAAGCACUAGGUUCCCGACCUGAGACCUGAGGGCAGGAGGGUGACUGCCAUCAUGCUGGGGACCAUGGACACUGACACCUCUCCUUUUUUCCCCAGCCAGCCUGGGUUUCCGGUCCAUUUCCAAACUGGAAAUGAUAAACAAUCCCAUCUCCCUGUGUGGCUGGCAGGCCCUGCCUCACUGUUUCCACAGGAAAAGCAGAACACUUUGGAAACCCAAAUGGAGAUAAGGCAUGGUUGUUGGUUUGGUGUUUUUCUAUCAGGAUGAGUUUCCAACAGAAAUGCUCUUUUUUUGUUGUUUUGUUUUUCCCUCCUGAUGUGUCUGUUUGUCUCAAUUUUGGUGGAGUUUCACCCGUGCCCUCCUUGUCCAAAAAGGAUGAUGUGGUUUUUUUUCCCACAGGAGAGGCUUUCUAUUUACUUCCUGUUUCUGGUACAGCCAUGGCCAGUACUAUAAAGACGUACUCCUUUCUCCUCCUCACACCUCUACAACACUUGCUUCUUUCCUCACUUCUGUCUGCUGUAUGUAUCCAUUCCACAGUUAGUCCAUUGCUGUGACUUUACUUUACGCAUGUGCGUGCAUCUGUGUGCAUGCAUAGAAGCAAACUUAUCAGCACUAGAAAGGAGCUACUGGCUCCUUCAUAAAGCUUUUUUUCUGCAUAGCUUCCCUCUUUGUGUAACUUAAGCAUAUGCUGUAUUUGAAGUUAGAUACAGACCCUGGUUGACAUAUAUUUCGCGUGUGGUGGAACCUGGUCCAGGAGAAAAAAGUAAUCAUGUGCCCUUGUACAGUUGGAGCUUGAGAGAUCCAAGUGAAUGAUGUUAGAGGUUAACAAUGGUUCCAGGACUUGUUGCAGGACAGUUUUUAUUCUCUGGGACACUCAAGACUUAUCCCCCUGUGUGUCUGCUUUGGUCCUCUUAAGAUUUCCAGACAAGUGUGUUAACUAUGUGACAAGUUUUGCAGAAAGGUACUAGGAGAAACAGUCCUUCCUCUAAGUGUUGCAUCCUUUGGUUUCUUAAAGAUGAGGUGGAGAAUGACCUGAAGUCCAAUAUUCCUGUCCCCCCCCCACCCCCAGGAUGCUGUUUUCUCUGCAUCUCCC